AUGACCACCACGACAAUGACGACGACCACGGCCCAGACGACCGCAUACAUCGACCUGCCAGCCAUCCAGAUCACGACUCCGACGCCACCUCGUAUCUCAGACGCGACGUUAUACACUGCUGCAAGCCGUAAAACGCCUACAGCAUCCACAAGUACUGAGACGAAAGCCACCUCUGAUACACCGACUACCAAGACGACCCACUCAGCGUCUUACCGUCUGCUCUACCGUGGCGCACUCUCCCUUCCCGACUCACUACUUCUUCUUGAUGGAUUGACGUUUGCUGCACGGCUGGACUCUCCAUCUAAGCCCAGUCAUGCUCCUUUAAGCAUCCAUGGGACGGAAGGCACCCCAGCCAAGCAGUCAGCAUUUGCCUUGCUGGAGAAUCCACUAGCGUUGGGUCUGGAGAGUAUGCGUGGUCGGCCGAGCUUGCGGUUUCUGGAAGCGAUUGAUUUAGCAGAGCUGGAGAGGAAGGGAGAAAUGUGGCUGGAUGAGAGCGGACGAGUGCAGAUGGACAUUCACCCACUAGCGGUGCUGUCGAAGAUAUACUUCGAGAACAUGUUCUGCUUACUUCCUUUCGGCGCGUCAUCAUCAACUGCCAAAGACCCGCCACUCAGCAGAUCGAACAUAGGGAUCAAGGUCGCAUUGGGCGAUAGUGACGGCCCAGAAACAACACAAAUAGUAAUCUACGCUGAGCUCUCUUCCGCCUCAAAUAGCCCUCAACCUAUCCGCCUACGCGUAGCCCGCCUAUGUCCACGCCCUCCACCCUGUCCUCCAACCGAGAAGAAGAAACGCAUCCCCCGACCCGAUGACCCGAUCCCCCGCAAGCCACCCGCGUUCUUCGUCCGCGAGCUGAAGCGGACCGGAAGCCUCGGGGUUGGCUCGCUCGCUGCUGGAGGCAUGGCCAGAGAACUGAAACGCGUAGCGAGCGUCGGUGGAGGUAUACUAGGACCUCCACCCGCGAAGAAGCAGAAAGUGGGAGGCGACAUUGCUGGACUCGGCAGUGGUGUGCGGCUUGGGAAGAGUGGGAGCGUGGAUGAGAGUGCAUUUAAGGUGCCGGAGCUGCCGAGCAUUUUGAAGAAAGGGAAGGGCAAGGAGAAGGAGAAGGAGAAGGACGUAUUCGGAGAUGUGGCGGAGGUGUCAAGCGCGGUCAAGGCGAAGGAAAGCACGAGUUCGAACGUGAAGGAGUCGAAUCCGGAGGAGGUGGCGACGGAGAAGGCGAAUAAAAGUGCCAUAAAGCGAGCAACGACAGAAUAUCUGGGGCGUACGAAAGACCCAACGACGGGCCGGCUCAUCGACAAAGCUCACCCUGAGUUCAAGGACCUGUUGGGCAUCAUCUACCGUGGAGUCCUGUAUGCUCUGCGUGCAAAGAUUCGGUCAGGCAACUUGGACCCCGGGCUCGUGGGCCGCCUCGUUGAGGGUCAUGCGCUGAUGUACCUCGGGGGACAUGGUGGCUGUUGGGGAACGCCUGCAGGCGCGUCGUAA